CUGAUCAUGUCUUUCAGAUAUUCUACAGAGAGGCCGCGCUUAUCCGUGGCAUAAAUCACAAACAUAUCUGUCCGAUAAUUGGUAUCUAUAAGCCUGGAGAAUCCCUCACCGGCCCCAUUUUCUUGGUGCUCCCUUGGAUGAGCUACGGCAAUGUCCUGCAAUACAUAGAGAAAUCUGGUGAAGAGGACGCUAUUCGAUUGGCGAUAGCAUCAGGACUGGAAUACCUGCACAAGAAACACGUGGUUCAUGGAGACCUACAUGCUGGAAAUAUCCUCAUCGAUGCAGCCGGGGCUGUUCGUCUGGCAGAUUUCGGGCUCGCCAACUUCUCAGACGCCGGAAUGAGCUGCAGCUCAGCGCGGGCCGGUGCGACGCGCUAUAUGGCUCCCGAGAUACUUGACCCGGACCGUACUCUGCUCUCACCCAUCCAUCAUACGCCUGCCAGCGACAUGUAUUCGUUUGGCCAGGUGUCAUGGCAUAUUUAUACCGGGAAGAUACCCUUCCACAACCUGAACAACUAUCAGGCAAUGUCUGCCAUCAUUAACGGCAAGAGUCAGGAACGUUCGCUAUCUGAUAAGCAUAUCCCCGACGCAUUGUGGCAUAUUAUGCAAUUGUGUUGGUGCUUUGAGCCGCACCGACGUACCGAUGCCCUGACAGUCCGCUCUCAGCUCGAGGCCGUCGGUGCUGCUGGUCACUCCGACUCACUCCAGCCUCCUAAUUCCGGCGUCGACACACCUGCCAACUCCCCGCGGUCUUCUGAACUAGCGCUCACUCCCUCUGAUGCUAAUGUAUUCAACGCGGAGUCACCAUCUCCGUCUGCUGACGAAAGUUCCAACAGACAUCAAGACGGCAGCGAAAUCCUCGUAUCUGUUGACGCUAUCCUCUCCGAUAGUGGUCUUCUACCGACCAUACUCGACGCCUUUCGACAGCAAGAUCCGCACACGCCAGACGAUGUCAUUGAUUUUGUGCUAAAAUUAAUCUCUCAUCGUGUCGCAGCCACAGCUGAGGACGUCGUUAACACAUACGGUCACCUGCCCCUGGAUCUGUUAUCCAACCAAGACUGGACUGAGCUAUCGUCUCUUGUCGUCAACACCAUCAAAGCCCAUCAUCUCGACGUCCCUCCGCCCACUGAAGCUCCGACUUGGCUUGUCAAAGCGCUCGCGCUCGUCUUGUCUCCAAGCGGCCACGAGCUCACUCCGCGUCGUCACGUCACUGUUUACCGGUGCUUCCUAGAGGAACAAGAUCCAAAUCAUGCCAUACUACAGAACGUGAUUUCGCCCGCGGUCACCAGAUCAGGUGCCGACAUCACGACCACCAUGAGGCUCAUUUUCGCCCUUAUCGAUCUCGCCCUUCGAGACCGUGACCGUGCCAUUCCAGCUGCUCACGAGCCCAAACUCCUAGACCUCGACGUUCUGCAGGACCGAACAACCUAUCAGCCUCUGUCGAACAUCAUGGGGGCAGCGAUGAAUGCGUUAAAGCAGCACGAUAAAAUACGGACUGCCCGCCGUGCGCGGGAGCUCACUUCCAUCGACAACCAGCCCUACAGCUCCGCUCCUACGACCGAGGAUGUCUCCAUUGCAAAUUCCAUCCUUCUCCUAUUCUCCGGAUCGUCUCGAGCUGUGCCACAGGACGUGAGGGAUUUCAUGUACGGCUAUGAAAUCAGCAGCCGACCUCUCUCUGUGAUCUUGGACGCUCUAUCUACUGCCAUGCUCGCUCCCAACAACACCGAGAAUGGACCAGCAGCACCCUCCGCGGCAUUUGGGCACCCUUCGUACAGAGUACGCGCAGUGCUCCGCUUCCUCUCGUUGUACUUCAAGCCGGGCGGCCUGAGCCUACCCCUCGAAUCCAUGCCAAA